CAGUAAAUUUCUCUCUCUCUCUCCUCUUUCUUUUUCUCUCUUUUGGACUUUUAUUUUUUCUUCCUAGACUUUUAUUCAUUACAAACAAUAAUAAAGUAAAGGAAACACAAAAAAAAAGGUAAUAACAAACAAAUAAACAACAUCGACCAACGAUAUCAGCAAGUGAGACUGAGAGAGUGAGAGAGCCAAAGUUUCAUCUUCAUUGUCUCUUUGUUUUUUUCUUCAUCUUAAUCCUUUUGUCAUCAUCUUCAUCCCUUUGGAAACGAAAACACUGUCAUGAGAGUCUUUAAAGUUUACCCUGUUAAUUGUUGUUGUUUUUAUCAACAUAUUUAUCAUCAUCAGAGUAAUAAAUAUCAUCAGAAGGAGGAAGAGAAACAAGAAAACCGUUAUUUCAUUAGUUGCUGCUAUUGAUAAAUGGAUUCCCUUUCAUCGGAUCCAUUGUGUUUACAAGAUUUAGUUGGUCCAUCACAAUCAUCGUCAUCCUCAUCAUCCCAAGGAGUUCAUCAGAAUACAUCAUCUUCUUCAUCAUCUUCAUCGACAACAGCAUCUUCAGCUUCUCCAGUGUCAGUAUCAGCUUCUUCAUCUUCCUCUUCAUCCUCAUCUUCAACCACAACUUUACUUGCAUCACUUGCAGCUUCAUCUUCAGUUGAAAGUUCAGCCCAACAGGCACAAGGUCAAAGCUCAACAUUAUCACCAUCAGUGACUCCAACAGGAAAUCUGAGUGAUCAUCUUCAUCACCAAACCUCAAACACUACAACGGGAUCAUCUUCAACCCCUUCAGUGUCAGGUGUAGGAUUAACUCAUCCUCAUCAGCAACUAAUAUCUUAUCAUCAGCAUCAACUUCAUCAGCAGCAACAACAACAGCAACAGCAACAUCAACAACAACAACAACAACAACACCAUCAACAUCAAGUACAUCUUCAGCUUCAACAUCAUCAUCAACAACAACAACAACAACAGCAACAACAACAACAUCAACUUGUACCUUCACCAACAACAGUUCAUCACCACUCCCUUCAUUCAACACAACAUCAACAUCACCACCAAUUGGUUACAAUGCAACACGCCCUCCAUUCAACUGUUAAUGCCAUCAAUUCACCACCUUCCGGUUUAACUGGUAAUGGUGGUGGUGGAGGUGGUCUGGGUGGAGGAGGAAAUGGUGGUAAUUCUGGCUCAGUUGGUCCACACCAUCCUCAUCAUACUCACCAUCAUCAUCAUCCUCGGACUUUAUCAUCAGCCCAAUCUAUUCAUUAUCCUAGUGCUCAUCAUGUUUCAUCACUUUUCUCAUCAAUUUCUGGGGCACCUUCACCCUCCACCAUUACCUCAACCCCAUCAACUCAUCAUCCACAUUUUUACACUCACCCAACUCCCGGUUUCCCUCAAAAUGUUUCCGCCGCCGCAGCAGCAGCCGUAGCUGCAGCUUCUUCUUCAGUGUCACAAUUAAACUCAAAUUUAACUCGAUUACCUCCCCAUCACCUUGAUUCAAAUGGAGGUGGUAACGGGGGAGGUGGUGGGUCAGGUAGUCCAUCAACAACAACUCCACUACUACAUCAAUCUCCUUCAUGUUCAACAACAGUUCCUGAUCAAUGUAAAAAACGACCAGAUAGUGGUGAUGGAAUGGAUAAUAAACCCACCCAGAUAUCAAGUAUAACCGGAAAUGAUAGCGAGGAAACGGAUGGUGAAGACUCGAAGACAAAGAAACGGACUCGACGACAGCGAACUCAUUUUACUAGUCAACAGUUACAAGAGUUAGAGACAGUUUUUAAUAGGAAUCGAUAUCCGGAUAUGUCAACUCGAGAGGAAAUCGCAAUGUGGACCAAUCUAACUGAGCCCAGAAUCAGAAUUUGGUUCAAAAAUCGUCGAGCCAAAUGGCGGAAACGUGAACGUCAUGUAGUCGUAGAUGUAAAAAAUAGCCUUGGGUCACAGUUUAACGGACUAUUACAUUCAUCUUUCGAGGAAGCUGCUGCCCUUUACACAGGCUGCUCUUCUUAUACCAAUUGGGCUAAAAUCGCAGCUCCACUUCAAUCGCAAGGAUUUUGGAACAGCUUUGGUAACUCUGUUGGCCCGUUAACUGCAACCGCUCAAGGUGUUUCCUGUUUCGGAGAAACACCAACUUCCGGCCUGAAUGGUACCUUCCAAAAUACUGGUAACAAUUAUUACAAUCCAGCAAAAACACCAAAUUCAAUAAACAGUUACACAGGGUAGAGAUUAAGAGAAACAGAGAGAAAGGAGAUUAAUUAAUAAGAUUAAUCAACUUAAACAAAACCAAAUCAACAACAAUUUAACACGUCAAAAGAAAACCAAAAAACAAUCAAAUCAUAUUUCAAUUUUAAUCCAACUUACAAUCAACAAUAUAUAAAAAAAAAGUCAAUCAAUUCAAACAUAAUCAACUAAAUGAUAAUAAUAAUAUAUCACAAUUUAAUUAACUAUUAUUAUUAUUAUUAUUAUUACCAAUUAAUAUUAUUACUAUGUCAUAAUCAUCAUCAACCAAAUUAUAAUUAAGUAAAUCAACCCUUUCAAAUAAGAGAGAAAGAGAGAAAGUCAAAAAUUUAUAUAUUAUUUUGAAAGUUUAUCAACUUUUUUUGGUGAGAAAACAAAAACGGAAACGGAAACGAUGCUUUGAUAUUUGAUUUUUUUAUUUAUCAUUUUGAAACGUUUAUCUCUUAAUUGUCACAAUUCAACUCUUUUGAUUAUAUUUUGUUUAUAUAUUUAUGAUUAUAUGUUUGAUUUAUUUGUUUCUUUUCUUA